AUGCAUGCUCGUGAUUGGUUUUUAGUGUUCGUUUCCAUAUUUUUACCACCAUUGGCCGUGUGGUUCAAGAGAGGGUUCUGUUCCAAGGAUUUUCUAAUCAACGUCUUAUUGUUCUUAUUGGGUUUCUUCCCUGGUCUGAUUCAUGCUUUGUACGUUAUCAGCUGCCAUCCAUAUGAACAAGAGCACGUGGCUCUCAGAGGCGACUCUGAAGGAUAUGGAAGCCUAGCAUAG